GAAGCGGCGGCGCCGGUGUGGGAGCGAGCACUCCCCCCCCCCCCCCCGUGUUUUAACUAUGAACCCCAACUGUGCCCGCUGCGGCAAGAUCGUUUAUCCCACCGAGAAGGUGAACUGCUUGGAUAAGUUCUGGCAUAAAGCAUGUUUCCACUGCGAGACCUGCAAGAUGACCCUAAACAUGAAAAACUACAAGGGCUACGAGAAGAAGCCGUAUUGCAAUGCACACUACCCGAAGCAGUCCUUCACCAUGGUGGCAGACACUCCUGAGAACCUGCGUCUAAAGCAGCAGAGCGAGCUUCAGAGCCAGAUUCGCUACAAGGAGGAGUUUGAGAAGAACAAGGGGAAAGGCUUCAGCGUCGUGGCUGACACCCCGGAGCUGCAGAGAAUCAAAAAGACUCAGGAUCAGAUCAGCAACAUAAAAUAUCAUGAAGAAUUCGAGAGGAGCAGGAUGGGCCCGAGUCCCAGCGAGGGUGCUGAGCUGGAGCGCAGGAACUCCCAGGAGAGCACCAAUUACCGGAGACCCGCAGAGCAGCAGCAUCAGCCGUCUCAUCACGUCCAACCCAGCAACCCAGGCUACCAGCAGCAGCAGCCGCCGUCGUCUCAGUCCUACGGCUACAAGGAGCCGGCGGCACCGGCCUCUACACAGCGCAAUGCUCCUUCUGGAGGGGGGAAGCGUUUCCGCGCCGUCUACGAUUACAACGCAGCUGAUGAGGACGAGGUCUCCUUCCAGGACGGCGACACCAUCAUCAACGUGCAGCAGAUCGACGACGGAUGGAUGUACGGCACGGUGGAGCGCACGGGCGACACGGGCAUGCUCCCUGCCAACUACGUGGAGGCCAUCUGAGCCGCGGGAGGGGACGGGGCAUGCGGCCGACAGCCGAGCCCCCAGCCCGCGCCGGCUCCCGUGUGUGUGUGUGCGCGCGUCUCUCUCUGCCCCAGCAUCCUUUAUCCCGUGUGCUCUGCCGUCAUCCGCCGGAGCCGCGUCCUGACAUCUCAGUUACUCUGUGUUUCUGCAGCCGCCUCCGGUUUCUCUCGCCAAUUUAGCUUUGUUCUAGCUCGGUCGGGACUGAGGGACUGUCUGUAAGGGAUGCUGGGGGCUCGAGAGACCAAACCGCCACAGCUUUCCUUCUCCUUCAGUCUCCCUCCUCUCUGGCCCUCCCGGGCACUCCGGCAUUUCCUGGCUGGAGGAAGCAGCCGGAGUCGCCGGGACCCUGGCAAAGGGAGGAGGAGACCAUCUGUUGGGACCAAAUUCCCCCACCUCUGGCAGGGAUGGGCAGAGGGCAGCGAUGUCUGCGUGGAGGAGGCGAGGGAUGCUCGUCCCGAGGGCUGCCCUGGGCUGACGGGAGGGAUGGGCUGGCAGCCUCCACCCUGCACCGCUCCGGCUCGUCCUCUUGCUUCUCCCGGCUCCUCUGCGGUGUUUCCAUUCAGUCUUUGCUCCCUUCAGUCCUCAAAACGGAAAAACAUUCGCAGUUAAAAAUCCUUAAACAAAAUCUUUCUUUCUCCUCGGGUUUCAGAGCGGCUGCUCUGGAUGGCCCUGGAAGUGGCCUCUUGCUGCUUCUGCCCCGGGCUCUGGCUGCCUUGUUCUGCCUCCCCCGUCCCGCCGGGGCUGCGCUGGCGCAGGUGAAGGAGUAGCCGCAGCGUUGCUUCGCCUGGAGGCUGCUGCUCCUGCUCGAGGGCUGGAGACGGGCCGGGCUCCCCGCUCCUCUGCGCUGGGCGGGGGGAGCACUGCCACACCGAGACCUCGCGUCCCCCCUGCAGCUCCUGCGUUCUCUUUUUGGGCCAGGGUCUGGGGGUCCCCCCGGGCCCCGCGUGCCGGGGCAGCCUCUUCCUCUCUUAGCAGCAGUCGCUCCCCAGAUUCACCCAGACUCUUCCUGCUUUUCUCUUGCUGCUCCAGGGCUUUUGGGACCCUCCUGAGCCCUCCACCCGCUGGGUAGAUGGUCUGGGGAGCCGGCAGGAUCAGCCCCCAUCCCUGUGCCUCUUCUGAGCCGUGUGUGAAAGAUUCUCCCCCUCUGCCACCAUGCUGGGGACCAUCCUGGGUGACUGUCCCCUCUGGCAGCUCGGUCUUGCAUGGCAGAGACUGGGGUUUGGCACCCUGAGCCACCCUGCACCUCUCGUUGGUCCCCGGCGGUGGUGGCUUUUGGGGCCACCGCUGACUUGGGAUCACGUCGUGGACCAAAAUCUCAAAGCACAUCCCUGUCCCUCUGGGCUCCGAAGGUCCUGGAGCUGGGCAGGAGCAGGCGUAACUGGAAGCCUGUGCGGGGAGGGCGGGAGCGGGAUGCUGUUCUCCGGGGUCGGAGAAGCAGAACCUCGGGGCAGCGGUGCUGCCUUUGCCUCCAGCCCUCCCCGGCUGUGCUGCGCCGCGGGGCCAGGACGCUUCCCCGGGGAAGCUGCCACCUUUGUUAUUCCCAAAGGAAAAGAAGGAAUCUAGGGACCAAAGUGGCUGAGUUGAGACAUUCCUUGGCUCUCCUUGGGGACGCGUCCUUGGGUCUCGCGGAGGGGGAGAUGGUCCCACUGCCUCGCGCUUGCAGUCCCCUUUCUCAAAGCACACGGGGCUGCGGGGCUGGUUCGUGGAUGGGGUUGGGGUGACAGAGUCGGGGGCUGCUGGAGCAAAUGCUGUCCUGGUGGGGAGGGGGUUCCUGGCAGGGUAGAGACCCACCGGGAGGACGUGAGCCGGGGAGGGGGAAGCGUUUCGCUCCUGGCUUGUUCCCCAGCCGGGAGGGGGAAGCGUGAAGGGGCCUCCCUGGCACCGUCAUCCCCACAGGGUGAAAAUGGGACCCCCGAAGCAGCUGGGAUGGGCUCGACGGGAUGGGAAUCCCCGUUGGUGCUAAAACAAGCGAGCACAAGAGCAGGGGAGAGGGGGCGGCUGGGCGGGGGGGGGGUCUGCAUCUCCCUGCUAAUCCUCUUCUUAAUCACGUUCUUGUCUGGGAACAGGGGGGAGUAUCAAUGUGAAUAAACCGUUUUUUAAUGGACCAAAUAACACAGGCAAUUACGUUUUGGUAUACAGACCUUUUUUUAAUGCUACCUUGAAACCAUUGUCCUGAUUCUCCCCUCCCACGCCCUGCCCUUUAUCCCCUGCCAUGGGAAACAAACCUCUUACUGCUUGAUUUCUGCCUUUUCUCUCGACUUAUGCACUUUUUUGCCUUUUUUCAUAGCUGAAAAGCACCUAAACCUGUAUUUAAAAUAAAUAAAUAAAUAAAAUAGUAAAAAAAAAAAAAAUUAAAAGCUAAAUUGCUUCUCAUCACGUGUAAAAUAGACCUCGUCCAUCCCAGCUUCCCUGGUUGCGUCUCAAUGCUGAGCUUAGAACUUGUUUUCUUCCAGAUCCGUUGCUUGAUUGGGGUUUGUCCUUGUGUACUCCUUCCCGUCGGGUUGAGCACCCACCAAUAAAAACGUUAUUUGGCCUUUUUAACCGAACCAUCGAAUGGAACAAUCCAACCGAUUCUCUUCCUGGUUUACUCGAAUUAAAAAUAAAAGUAUAAUUUUUACCUGC